AUGCCACUUGCUAACUGUCAUAUUCUUAGUUUGUCGCCUGGUGAUUACAGCGGCGUUUUCUUCCUGGCUGCAGAAGCGCAGUUGUAUAGUGUGAACUGGUUCCUUCUGGAUGGGAAUGAAAGAGCAGCGAUCCUCUCCAUGGACUACACUUUUGUGAUCAUCGAAACGAGUGAACCUCAACAAGUAGGCCAACCAUUCAGCGGCGAUUUCAACGACGUCACAUUUACAAUCGAAGAAGAUAAUGACAAAAUCGGCAUUUCUGGAUGUCCUCAUCACUAG